AUGGAAGUUGUAGCCAGGAAGAAAACUCUUCUAAUUCUGAACUGCAUACUACUAACUGUAGGCAACUGUGGUGGCCCUUUGAUCAUCCGCCUCUACUUCCUCCGCGGUGGGAAAAGAAUCUGGCUGUCAAGCUGGCUACAAACUGCCGGCUUCCCAAUUAUUCUCAUCACUCUCUUUGUAUCCUACAUGAACCGCCGCUGGCAGAUUGCCAUCAAUUGCACCACCGAGCUUUUCUUGAUGAAAACUCGGGUGCUCAUCGCCUCGGCAAUUAUUGGUAUUAUAACAGGCCUCAGUAACUAUUGCUGUGGCUACGGCCAAGCUCGUCUGCCUGUCUCUACCUCUUCCCUUCUAGUUGCCACACAGUUGGCUUUCACGGCAGGCUUUGCUUUCCUUCUUGUUAAGCAGAAAUUCACGGCUUUUUCGAUAAACGCUAUCAUUCUGUUGACAGUUGGGGCAGCAGUUUUGGCUCUUCAUACGAGUAGUGACAGACCGAAGGGCGAGUCGAAGAAGGAGUAUGUUUUAGGGUUUGUGUUCACACUUGCGGCGGCAGCUUUGGGUGGGUUUAUUUUUCCAUCUUUAGAGCUUACGUACUUGAAGGCAAAACAGGCUGUUACGUAUAGGUUGGUUUUGGAGAUUCAAUUGGUUAUAUGUUUCUUUGCUACUGCAUUUUCCACAGUUGGGAUGAUCAUUAACAAGGACUUCCAGGCAAUCUCAAGGGAGGGAAAACAAUAUGAACUUGGAGAAACAAAAUAUUACUUGGUGCUAGUUUGGACUGCCAUUAUUCUGCAAGGUUUCUUUUUGGGCAUAGUAGGAGUAAUAUUUUAUGGUUCGUCGCUACUAGCUGGAAUUAUAGUUACUGUAUCAAUCCCUAUAACAGAACUUUUAGCAGUUAUUUUCUUCCAUGAAAAGUUUCAAGUAGAAAAGGGUGUUGCCCUUUUCCUCUCUCUGUGGGGAUUUGUUUCCUACUUCUUUGGUGAGAUGAAACAAAACAAAAAAAAUAUUCAUCAAACUGAAGGAACGGAGAUGGCUCGAGCUGGUGAUCCUUGA